AUGACGGGCCGAAAACCACCAUUGCACCAGCAGGCCCUUGGGCUGGUGGGAGAUAUUUUGAAUGGUCGUCAUAUGCUCUCUCAAGUCAUUGCGCCCGCGCUCUUCCUGGCGGAUGCUGUCCUGUGCGCCUUGGUCAUUCGACUGAUACCCUACACCGAAAUCGAUUGGAAAGCAUACAUGGAGCAAGUGUCUCAAUUUGUAUCCGGCGAACGCGACUAUACCAAAAUCCGAGGAGGCACCGGCCCUCUGGUUUAUCCUGCCGCCCAUGUCUACACCUAUACAGGAUUGUACUACCUUACCGACGAGGGGAAGAACAUCUUGCUGGCGCAAAAGCUGUUUGCAGUUCUCUAUGUCGUCACUUUGGGUGUUGUAAUGAGGUGUUACCGCAAUGCCAGGGUGAGCAAGAGGUAUAUCAUCCAGCGCCUGCAUAGUAUCUUUGUUCUCCGUUGUUUCAACGACUGUUUCGCCGUCCUUUUCCUGUUCCUCACCAUUCUUGCCUUCCAAAAUCACUCGUGGCGAGCUGGUGUCCUAUUCUACACAUGGGGGUUGGGCAUCAAAAUGUCCCUACUGUUGGUGCUCCCCGCGGUGGGUAUCAUCCUACUCUUAGGGACCGGACUCAACUCAGCCCUGCAAUCUGCGGCCAUCAUUGCAUUGGUACAAGUGUUAAUUGGAGUUCCAUUCCUUGCCAACAACCCGUGGGGCUACCUUGGGCGGGCCUUCGAGCUUUCUCGGCAGUUUUUCUUCAAGUGGACGGUAAACUGGCGUUUCAUGGGAGAACAAGCUUUUCUAAGCAAGGAGUUCGCCCUGGUCCUUCUCGCGCUCCAUGUUCUCGCCCUGCUUAGCUUCCUCACAAGUCGAUGGCUCAAAGGGACCGGAAGAUCGCUCUCUCAUAUUAUCACCUCAGUUCUCCAGGUUAAAUCCCCUUUCCUACCGCAGGAACAAGAAGCCGUCGCCGAAGCCAUCACGCCAGAGUACGUUAUGACAACCAUACUCUCAGCCAACGUCAUCGGUCUGCUUUUCGCUCGCUCCCUUCACUACCAGUUUUACGCAUAUCUUGCCUGGUCGACCCCUUAUCUCCUGUACAAAAGCCGCAUCCACCCCGUUCUCCAAUACAUGCUGUGGGCUGCCCAGGAAUGGGCUUGGAAUGUCUAUCCCAGCACGCCGUUCAGCUCGGGGGUCGUCAUUGGUGUGAUGGCAACAACCGUUGCGUCGGUAUGGCUGGGAACAAAGCGCUCUGUACUAUGGGUCGAUAACGCUGAGAAGACGAAGUGA